CCUCGUUCUCCCCUCCUUGCUGACUGACUCUCUCCAGUCUCUACUGGUUAAAUUAUAAAUUUCGUACUUCACUGUACAAUUUGUACUUUCUUGGUCAAUCCGCCCAGUUUCCCCAAAUUCCUCUCUCCCUAGCCUGGUACUCAAGCAACCACUGCUGCCAGCACUCAAUCGCUUCGAUCCACCUUCCACCACCGAACAAUCAUAUACCGCCAUGAGCGCAAAGUCCUCAACAGGCCCCGACGCAUGGGCAGAAAAUUGGGAAGAACAGGCUGAUAAACUCGCGGCCGACCCCCCACCCCCGCCGGCGGAAAAGAAAGUGUCCUCCAAGGUUACCAAAGCGCAGCGUAGAGCCCAACAGGCCGAAUUCAACCGCCAAUUAUGGGCGGAAGCCGAGUCCCCCCAGACCUUCCACUUUCUUGAAGCACGAUCCGAUGUCCCCCUGCGACAAGAAUUCAAGCCAGCGGUUACGGUACUAAGUCGGAACCCUCAGAUUGCGACGCGCGGGUCAGGGUUGGAUGGGACCACGGCGGGAAUGUCUCGUCUUGGGCUAAAUGAUGACGACUCGGACGAUGAAGGCAGGGCUGCACUGCCCUCGGCGGAGGAACGCCAGGCGAUCGCGCUGCGCAACUUGGAAGAUAGACAGCGCAAAUACGAGGAGGUGCGAGAGCGGCUGUUUGGUAGUCCCUCCGCCCCCACGUCGGGUGCGUCGUCCCCGCGCAGUGCUACGCCCCCGAAAUCGUACGAAGGACGUGGUAAAGGCAGGGGCCGUGGAAAUGGACGGGACAAUAGUUCCAACAGCAGCAAGCGCGACUCUUCGACUGCAUCCGGGAAGUCUGGGCAGUUGUAUGAUCCGGACUCUCCCCGGCCGAACACCAACUAUAAUUCUCGGAGAGAGAAACAACCCGCAGGUCGGACACAGACUGAUGGGACCCAGUCGCCUAGACAGCCAAUCCGCAGCCCCCGGGGGCCUGAUAGCAGUGGUCGAGGUGGAUUCCGAGGUGGAUUCAGAGGCGGGCGAGGUGCCUAGACUACGGUUCACUACCUAUGGUACGGCAUACGAUCUUUGCCCGGACAGGACAACCUACUCUCGCACUGCCGGCCAUACGACACCAUAUCGCAGGCUCAAAAAUCUCCAUACAUUGAGUUGAUGAAGCUGCGAAAAUACAUAUCAUCUAUUAUGGGAGCCCUCGUCCAGAAUUGAUUGCGUUUGCCACCUGCGAUGUGUUGGGGCGGUUUUCUGCAAACGUCAGUUGGAUUUAACCUCGAUGCAUACGAAGACUUACCCGCGUAUCUCUCAUAGCUAUCCAGGUACAGCUCGUCGCCACUGGUGGUUGCCGCAAUGUGGGGAUCGUUCUCAAUUGCAUCUACCCACGCACCC